AUGAAGGUACAAAUGUGUAGAGGAAUCAUCAACUUGAGUGUAAAUUUAAGGAGGAUUCUUUUAAUAAAAAGAUCCUAUGUCUCACUGGGAUUCAAAAGCUCUAAAUUCUCCACUUUCGAGACUAAAAUAACCUCCCAAAAUGACUCUGAGCUAACACAUAUCUUUGAUCGUUUCAACACUUAUCUGGAAUCCGAUUAUAAACCUGUAUAUAAGAAUGAUGGGUUAGAUUUUAAAGUCAAAUUGGACCUCUGUGAGAACGUUUCUGAAGUUUGUAAUCUUUUUAGUGAAAAUAAGGGCAGAAUAACUCCAAACGAACUCCUUAACCUUCUGUCCAAGGUUAUUCAAAUCAAUUCUAUAAUUAGAAGCUCUAAAAACCAUGAUUCGGAAGAUAACAUUCCUAUUCCAGAUUUUAAGGCAGGCUUUGAUUUUGAAGAUAAUGUGGACUAUUUUCCUCCAGCUGAUUUUUGUUCAGUAUCACUAAACAACUUCAGGACAGUUAACAUAAAGAGACUUGAUCCGAGAGUUUCUGAGAUUUUUAUUCAGCUUGUAAACAAAUCAGAUAACUUGACAGUUGAGCAGAUAUUAUACCUAAACAGGAUCUGUGAGUUUAUAAAAGGAUAUCACACUAAGGUAAUUUUAUCCUUUUCUGAGGACAAAAUAACCCCAAGCAUAUAUAAAAUGGAUGAAACAAACCUAAUUAGGACUGCAAUGGUCCUGGCCAGAAGGUCUGAGAACGUAGACUUUGUCAAAAUGUUCAUUUCAGAGGUCUUCAAGAAAAUCCACCUUUUUAACAAUUCUCAGAAAAUGCUCCUGUUUCAGCUCAUGUCAAAUUCGUCAAAGUGUUCCAGCAUCUUCUUAACUUGUUUCUCUGAGUAUCUGGAGUAUACAACUAAGUCUGAUUGUAAACAGGUUUCCUCUCCACAUUCAACUUUUACCGAGAGAGACUUCAUUAGGUUCCUAACUUCCUAUGCAAACAACCAGAAAUGUAUCUCCAAGGAACUUUUUAAAUAUUUAUUAUCCAAGUGUUUGGUUGCAGAUUUAAAUGAGCUGAAACUAGAUGAGAUUAUGGACCUACUUUGGGUUUCAAACAAGUUCAACAGUGUUGACUUGUUCCUUCCCAAGGUCAAAGACUUUUUAGGCUCUAGUCUGGAGCAAAUAGGCCCAAAUAGACUAACAAUGCUACUUUGGUGCUAUAGUAAUUCAAAUAUAAUAGAUAUCCAGUUCCAUAAAAAUCUUGAGGAUGCUGCAAUUUCACUUUCAGACCAGUUAACUACAAAGAACAUCUCGUUAUGUGCAUAUGGACUAUCUCUCAAAUCGGUUCCUGGUUCUGAGUCUAGAUUCCUUAACACUAUUCAAGGUAUUUUCCCUAUCACUCUUCAUCAUGAUAUUUUAGACGAUAUAGUCUCUAAUAUAAUCCACUUCAACGGAUUGGAUUUGUCAAUGCUGGCUUAUUCAUAUUCUAGGCAUCUUUGUGGCUCUAGUGUACUCCACCAAUGUAUUCAGGAAGGCUUAAUCAAUUAUGUUGAGGAUCUUCCAGCCGAUUGCAUAACCAGGGUGGUUUACUCUUACGCUAGGAUUUCUGGAAAACAGUCCUUGUUCAACUCAUUCGUCUAUAGCAUUUUCCAGAGAAUGCAUCAGUUUCCAAUCCACGAGUUCGUUAAAGUUUUAUGGUCGUACUUAGCAAUGAAAUUUUACGACCACAAAUUCUGGACGACUUGCCUAGAAACCGUUGUAAACAAGUUUGACCUGAUCAUCAACGACAAGAGAUGUUAUCUUCUUUACCCUGUGAUAAAAAUACUAGUAAAACUGAAAAUAACCCCUGAAACCAAGGACCUGACAAGGCUCGCUAACCAUGUUUCUAAGUUCUUCUGGGACUCUCAACACAGAAAUCAAACCAGUCAAGUUGUAAGCAAGGUGUUGGAGCUAAUUCCUGAGGUCCACGACGUAGUUUUUGACUCCAACGAGGAUAAUUUCCUGGUCGAUGUUACUUUUGGUAAAAGUGACGGGACCAGAUAUUCUGUCAUGAUAUACAACUCUUCAAACAUGUUUAAUCAAUGUCCAAUUGCGGAUUUGAGGUUAAAAGAGCUGUUCCUUUCAAACAAGGGCUACAAUAUCAUUAGAGUUCUUGAGGACGUUUGGGUCAGCCUCGACACCAACGACCAAAUCAAAGUCAUUCAAUCUCAGCUUUAA